AGGAGGGGCAGCGCGUGCGCAGAGGGGCGGUGUGGCUUAGGAGGGGGCCAUGGAAGCUAAGAGGAGUGUUGCGUUCGCGGAGAUGUGACUGGUGGGACCUGCGGCGGCUCCCAUAUGAUGGUCACCCUCCUGGGCGCGACGACCCUAGUGCUCGUCACCUUGGCGCCAUGGGUGUUGUCCGCAGCCGCAGGUGAGAGGCCGGGAGGAGAGUCUCGGCGGAGGGCCGGAGGUGGAAAAAAUCUAAAAUCUCCUCAAAAAGUAGAGGUUGACGUCAUAGAUGACAACUUUAUCCUGAGGUGGAACAGGAGUGAAGAAUCUGUCGGGAAUGUGACUUUUUCAUUCGAUUAUCAAAAACCUGAGAUGGAUAAUUGGAUAAAAUUGCCUGGAUGUCAGAAUAUUACUAGUACCAAAUGCAACUUUUCUUCGCUCAAGCUGAACGUUUAUGAAGAAAUUAAAUUGCGUAUAAGAGCAGAAAAAGAAAACACUUCUUCAUGGUAUGAGGUUGACUCAUUUACACCAUUUCGCAAAGCUCAAAUUGGUCCUCCAGAAGUACAUUUAGAAGCUGAAGAUAAGGCAAUAGUGACAUACAUCUCUCCUCCUGGAACAGAAGAUAGUGUCAUGUGGGCUUUGGAUCGUUCAAGCUUUAUAUAUAGCUUAGUUAUCUGGAAAAACUCUUCAAGUGUAGAAGAAAGGAUUCAAAAUAUUUAUUCCAGACAUAAAAUUUCUAAACUCUCACCAGAGACGACUUAUUGUUUAAAAGUUAAAGCAGCACUACUUACGUCACGGAAAAUUGGUGUCUAUAGUCCAGUGCAUUGUAUAAAGACCACAGUUGAAAAUGAACUACCUCCACCAGAAAAUGUAGAAGUCAUUGUUCAAAAUCAGAACUAUAUUCUUAAGUGGGAUUAUACGUAUGCAAACAUGAGCUUUCAAGUUCAGUGGCUCCAUGCCUUUUUAAAAAGGAAUCCUGGAAACCAUUUGUAUAAAUGGAAACAAAUACCUGACUGCGAAAAUGUCACAACUACCCAGUGUGUCUUUCCUCAAAACACUUUCCAAAAAGGAAUUUACCUUCUCCGCGUACAAGCAUCUGAUGGAAAUAACACGUCUUUUUGGUCUGAAGAGAUAAAGUUUGAUACUGAAAUACAAGCUUCCCUGCUUCCUCCAGUCUUUAACAUUAGAUCCCUUAGUGAUUCAUUACAUAUCUCUAUCGGUGCUCCAAAAUGGUCUGAAAACAAGCCUGUGAUCCAGGAUUAUCCACUGAUUUAUGAAAUUCUUUUUUGGGAAAACACUUCAAAGGCUGAGAGAAAAAUUAUCAAGAAAAAAACUGAUGUUACUAUUCCUAAUUUGAAACCACUGACCGUAUACUGUGUGAAAGCCAGAGCACACAGCAUGGAUGAAAAGCUGAAUAAAAGCAGUGUUUUCAGUGAUGUUGUGUGUGAGGAGACAAAAUCAGGAAAUACAUCUAAAAUUUGGCUUAUAAUUGGAAUUUUUACUGUAUUACUUGCUCUCCCGUUUGUCAUUUAUGCUGUGAAAGUCCUCUUGAGAUGCAUCAAUUAUGUCUUCUUUCCAUCACUUAAACCUUCUUCCAAUAUAGAUGAGUAUUUCUCUGAACAGUCAUUGAAGAAUCUUCUGCUUUCAACUUCUGAGGAACAAAUCGAAAAAUGUCUUAUAAUUGAAAAUAUAAGCACAAUUGCUACAGUAGAAGAAACUAAUCAGAGUGAUGAAGAUCAUAAAAAAUACAGUUCCCAAACUAGCCAAGAUUCAGGAAAUUAUUCUAAUGAAGAUGAAAGUGAAAAUAAAACAAGUGAAGAACUACAGCAGGACUUUAUAUGACCAGAAAUGAACUCUGUCAAGUAUAAGGUUUUUCUGCAGGAGUUACACUGGGAUCCUGAGCUCCUUGCCUUCCUCUCAGUAACUACAAAGAGAACAUUUCCCUGUUUCGGGGAAGAAAAAACAUCUUCAGAUCAUAGGCCGUAAAAAUACAGGCAAGCACUUUACUAUUUAAAAAUGAAAUUACAGGCCCAGGCACGGUGGCUCAUGCCUGUAUCCCAGCACUUUGGGAGGCCAAGGCAGGCAGAUCAUGAGGUCAAAAGAUUGAGACCAUCCUGGCCAACAUGGUGAAACCCCAUCUCUACUAAAAGUAUAAAAAUUAGCUGGGCAUGGUGGCAUGUGCCUGUAGUCUCAGCUACUCAGGAGACUGAGGCAGGAGAAUCACUUGAACCCGGGAGGUGGAGGUUGCAGUGAGCCGAGAUAGCGCCACUGCACUCCAGCCUGGCAACAAAGUGAGACUCUCUUUAAAAAAAAAAAGAAAGAAAAUAAAGAAAGCAAUUAUAAGAGUUGAGACAAACGUUUCCUACAUUAUUUUCCACGUGUAAAAUCUUGAAAAAGCCUGUCAUUGGACCUGCAUUGGAUGAGAUGAGUCAGAUCAAAACGAUGGCCACCUGUCUCCCUCUUGCGAGCCUAAGUGCAACUGUGCUCACUGUGCACUGUGGCUAAGGAUGAUGUGUGUGUUCCUGUCCGUCACUGAUGCUGCUGGUUACUGCAUGUGCCACACCUGUCUGUUCGCCAUUCCUAGCAUUCUAUUUCAUUCCUCCUCUGGAGAUAUUUCAAACAUUUGGUCUUUUAACACUGCGGUUAGGCCCUCAGGAAAUUUAUUUAGGAAAGUCUGAACACGUUAUCACCUGGUUUUCUGGAAAGUAGCUUAGCCUAGAAAAUAGCUGCAGAUGCCAGAAAGAUGAUCCCUAAAAAUGUUCAGGGACUUCUGUUCAUUUAUCCCAAGAACAUUGGCUUCUACAUCACAGUAUCUACCCUUACAUGGUUUAGGAUUAAAGCCAGGCAAUUUUUUACUGCACAGUAAGACUUCUGAUUCAAAACUUACUAGAACCAUAGUUUCUGGCUGGAAUUUGCAAUCCCUGAAGUCCUAGAAAAUAAGUAACUAUCUAAUUAGAGAAAUAAUUGUUGUAUUUUAAGAUCUGAGAGUGCGAACAAGUUUUAAUAUACAUGCCAUGCCAGAAGAUAGUGUAUGCAAGAAGUCUUGGGACCAGAAAAUGGCCAUGAUGGGAGACUGACACAGAAGAAGAAUGCUUCCAUAGGAAAGAGGUCGCUGGCCUUGGUGCAAGAGGAAGAAGAAUGUUCCACUGGGAGCCUGAGCGCCUAAUCAGCUCUCAGUGAUGAACCCACUCUGUUGUUAUGGGUGGUCUCUGUCACUUUGAGUACCAGGCUGGCUUCUCUGCACUGUCUAGCGGUAUUCAGAUACCCCUUCUGCUCAGCCUGCUUGGCCUUAAAAUACAAAUCAUUGAACUGAGGGGGAAAAAAAUGUAACUAGGACGAAAAACCUAAUUUAAGAAAUCACAUAAUGCUUUCCAAAGGCAUCUACAACUUAUUUUUAAAUUACUUGCUACUGGGGAUUACCCAUGGAUAUCCUUAAUAGGCAGGAAGUCUGGGAAUUCUGGUGGCCUCUAGGGCAGAGUUCUCAGAGCACCGUUCCGGCAAGGACCAGUGAAAGAGAAAAGAGACAAAGUUAGAGCGUGCUGGGAAGCGGCCAUUGCUAAGGCCAGUCUGAUUUAAGUAGUCAUUUCUGCUGAAAAAACAGAUCAUCCUGUUGGAAGAAGAGGUUGAAGGCAGCUGCCCUCGGGAGGGCUGUGGUGCUCAGCACAUCCUGGGCACGUAACGUGUCUGCCACACCAUGCGUGUCCCCGGACCUGCCACCUGGCUUCUGGAGUGGUUCAAGCAGAGCAUAGUGAGCCAUUGAGGAGACCCAGGAAUCUCCUCUAAGACCCAGCUCUCUGCCGGAGAACCCCACACUGACACAUUUUCAUCUUUCAGACCAGAGGCUGUGUUUUUGAGACUGUCU